AUGGACGUCACAGAAGUCAUCAGUAUAACAAAACCAUCCAUCUCCUCCCACCUCCAAUCCAAUAACAUUGACAAUCACGACAAUGAUAGCGACAUAGAAAUGUCCGACCAUCCUAUUUCAUCAAUAGUCACCCCUGGUGAACUUAUCACCGAAGAUCCAAUUUGGAUGAAGGGUCAUGGUACAUAUUUCCUUGCCGACAAAACCUAUUCUUCAGUUGCAGGAACCAUAUCUCGUGUCAAUCGAUUAUUAAGUGUAAUCCCACUUAGGGGACGAUAUGCGCCUGAAACAGGAGAUCAUAUAAUUGGAAGAAUCACCGAAGUUGGGAAUAAACGAUGGAAAGUUGAUAUUGGAACUAAACAAGAUGCGAUUUUGAUGUUGGGAUCGGUGAAUUUACCUGGGGGGAUAUUGAGACGAAAAUCGGAGCUGGAUGAAUUACAAAUGAGGAAUUUUUUGAAGGAAGGUGAUUUAUUAAAUUGUGAAAUUCAGACAUUGUUUGGAAAUGGGAUUGCUAGUUUACAUACUAGAUCAUUGAAAUAUGGAAAGUUAAGAAAUGGGAUUUUUUUGAAGAUUCCUAGUUCAUUGGUUGUGAAAUCAAAGAAUCAUAGUUAUGAUUUACCAGGAAGUGUAUCAAUUAUAUUGGGGAUCAAUGGAUAUGUAUGGCUUUAUAAAACACCUCCAAAGGCGGGUACUGCUACUACUUCCAAUACAGUUGUGAAUCAAGAUGCUUCAAAGCUUCAGGCUAGUAGUGCUGGUGGUCCUAAUUAUGUUCCUGGACAGGGAUCAAUUUCAAUCACGAGAUUAGAAGAAGAAAGUUCAUGGGAAAUAUAUAGUGAUAAGAAUGAUCCAAAUAUCAAUAGUUCAAUUAGAACUAAUAUUGCUAGAUAUUAUAAUGUCAUUAAAGCAUUGGCAUUUGGUGAAUUAGGAAUCACAGAACAAAGAAUUAUAAUGGGAUAUGAAGCUAGUUUAGCAUAUCUGAAUGUUGGUAGUUUAAUUGAUCGUGAAUCAAUGGAUCAAAUUUGUCAAGAAGUAUUGAAUAAUGAAAAGAUGAGAGGAUAG